UCCGGUACUGCAUGAACGGGGUACUUUACAGUUUUUUUAUACGAUCAAUAAUUUGCUUUUGUUACAAACUCACUUAUUAUCAGAGAGUAAAUCCCAAAUCAGUAUGAUAACACUUUUAUAUACGAAAUUAAUGGGAUUAAUUCGUCAAAAAUUUAUUGUAUAUCCAUAGAAAUGUUUGUUUUCAAUUCGAUCUUCAUUAUUGUUCUGGCUACCUUUCACCAAGUGUCUGCAGUGAAUGUUGUGUGUUAUUUCUCCAGUUCGAAUGGAUACCAGGCUGCGCCACCGGAAAAUCUCGAUGCCAAUUUGUGCACCCACAUAAACUAUGCGUUUGUCAGUCUUCUUGGCAACGGAAGUCUGACGUAUGCAAACGAACCUCUGGAUAUCACAUUAAAUAUGUACGGUAGAGUUGUUGGACUGAAAGAAAACAAUCCUGAUUUGAAGGUCCUCCUGAGUGUUGGUGGUGUUUCCACUUCUAUAUUUGCACAGGUGGCGGCCAACGAAACAAGUAGAAAAGUUUUCGCUCGGAGCGCCAGACAUUUUAUGGAAACAUACAAAUUCGAUGGCAUAGACAUAGAUUGGGAAUUUCCUACAGCCAUCCAUAAGGAAGACUUCACCAGUCUUUUAACUGAUCUUAGAGAUAACUUCGGAAGUGAAUUCUUAAUUACUGCUGCAUUGGCAGCCAUUCCUAAGACUGGCUACGACAUACCAAAACUAUCAGAAAUAUUAGAUUAUAUUAAUGUGAUGAGCUACGAUUUCUACGGAGCGUGGAGCGAAUACACCGGACAAACUUCGGCACUAUUCCCCGCAUCUAUUGAAAGUUCUUACGAGAAAGCUUAUCUCAAUAUAGCUGCGACUGCUAAGAACUGGGUGAAAGGUGGGGCUGCCCCUAACAAACUUAAUGUCGGUGUAGCUUUCUAUGGUCGACAGUUUACGCUUCAGGAUCCCUCUGUUCAUGGUCUUCAUGCCCCCAUAACAGGGGCAGGAACCAGAGUUUCGGCCACAUACUCUCUGAUUUGUCAAAAUUAUGCAAAUUGGACAAGGGUUUGGGACGAAGAACAAAAAAAUCCUUAUAAAUAUCUGAAUGAUCAAUGGAUAGGAUACGAUGACCUCGAAUCUAUUCGAUUAAAGGCUCUCUACAUAUUGAAGAUGGAAUAUGCGGGUAUAAUGAUAUGGCAAAUUGGAUCGGACGAUGUUUUCGGUAAAUGUGGGGAAAAGCAAGGUCUCUUAAGUGUGAUAAACAAACAAGUUAAAAUGUACAAACUCAGAAAAUCCCGCAAACGUUCCUAAAAGCGAAAAACGUCUCAGGCGUUUUUAAAUUAUAUUGAUUCAGAUGCUGGUCACCUGUUGUACUUAAUUUUAAAUUAAAUAAUUUAGCAUUUA